AUGGCACUUCUCAAGCAGGGUAGACUGAGUCUUCUUUCCCCUCCUUUGCAAAUCAACUGCGUUUCAAAGCACACACUAAAAACCAGAAUAAACACAAACACUCACAUGACAAUACCAUUUUACUAUUAUCUGAUCAUCUUCCUUUUCCUGAGCUGUGUACGCUCUCAGACUCAGCUGCAAGAUCAAGAACAUGCAAUCCUACUGCGGAUAAAGCAGCACUUACAGAACCCUUCAUUCCUCCGUCACUGGACCCCUUCAAACACCCGUCACUGCUCUUGGUCAGAGAUCACAUGCACUGGUGACUCCGUCACUGGAUUGACCCUGUUCAACAGCAACAUCAAGCAAACUCUACCAAAUUUCAUGUGUGACCUCAAAAAUCUCUCACAUGUUAAUUUCAGCACGAAUUCCAUUCCAGGGGAGUUUCCAACGUUUCUCUAUAAAUGUUCCAAGCUGGUCUCCCUCGACCUUGAGGGGAAUGAAUUUACUGGUAGCAUUCCUAAUGACAUAGACAACUUGGUUAACUUGCAGUAUCUUAACCUGGGUUCCACCAACCUUAAUGGUGACAUUCCUGAAAGCAUUGGAAGGUUAAAGCAACUGAGAUUUCUUCAACUUCACUUUUGUCUAUUUAAUGGCACUUUUCCUUAUGAGAGUAUUGCCAACUUGGUCGAUCUUGAAUUCUUGGACAUGUCCUCUAACUUAGUGCUCCCUCCUUUCAAGUUCCCAUCAAGCCUGACCCAGUUGAAAAAACUGAAGUUCUUACACAUGUACAGUUCCAACCUCUUCGGGGAAAUCCCUGAAACCAUUGGAGAAAUGGUGGCUUUGGAGAACUUGGAUUUGUCACGAAGCAAUUUAAGUGGACACAUUCCUAAAGGUUUGUUCAUGCUCAGGAAUUUGAGUAUACUGUAUCUUUUCGAGAACAGUCUCUCUGGGGAGAUACCUGGUGUGGUUGAAGCAUUGAAUUUGACCGACCUCGAUCUUGCACAGAACCAUCUCACAGGGAAAAUACCUCAAGAUUUUGGGAAGCUCCAAAAGUUAAGAUGGUUGAGUUUGUCUCUCAAUCACUUGUCAGGGGAGAUUCCACAAAGCUUAGGCCGCCUUGCAUCUCUCACACAUUUUCAUGUCAUGUACAAUAACUUGUCAGGUAUUUUUCCUCCUGAUUUUGGUCGCUACUCACAGCUUAAAACAUUUGUGAUUGCAAAUAAUAGUUUCAGUGGAAGGCUCCCAGAGAGCUUAUGCUAUCAUGGUCAGUUACUUAAUUUAUCUGCUUUUAAUAAUUAUCUGACUGGGAAGUUGCCAGAAUCACUUGGCCACUGUAGUAGUUUGACGGAUUUAAAAAUUUAUAAUAAUGAGUUUUCUGGUAGCAUUCCUAGUGGGCUUUGGACUUUCAACUUGUCAAGUUUCAUGGUGAGCAAUAAUAAGUUCACUGGUGAACUGCCAGAGAGAUUGUCCCCAACUAUUUCACGCUUGGAGAUAAGUAACAAUCAGUUUUCUGGUAGGAUUCCAACUGGGGUAUCUUCAUGGACUAAUGUGGUAGUGUUUAAAGCCAGUGAGAACUACCUCAAUGGAAGUAUUCCAGAGGAGUUAACAAAUCUUCCCAUGCUAACUACUCUAUUGCUUGACCAUAACCAACUCACAGGACCACUUCCAUCAGAUAUAAUAUCAUGGAAGUCCCUAGGGAAUCUAAAUUUGAGCCAUAACCAACUUUCUGGACAAAUCCCAGUUGUAAUUGGUCGAUUACCUGUCCUCAAUCAGCUUGACCUGUCAGAAAACCAAUUCUCAGGCCAAAUUCCUUCAAUACUUCCAAGACUCACCAAUCUCAACCUAUCCUCUAAUCAUUUUACAGGGAGGGUUCCAAGUGAGUUUGAAAAUUCAGUGUAUUCCACUAGCUUUUUGGAUAAUUCUGGCCUCUGUGCUGAUACCCCAGUACUGAACCUUCGGCUGUGCAAUGUUGGCUUUAAAAGGCUAACCAAAGGCUCAUCUUGGUCUCUUGCUUUGAUUCUGUGCCUGGUGGCGGUGGCCUUCUUACUGGCUUUGUUGAUAGCACUCUUACUGGCUUUGUUGACAGCACUCUUGAUUGUCAAACUUCACAGAAGAAGGAAACAAGAAUUGGAUAACUCAUGGAAGCUCAUUUCCUUUCAAAGGCUGAGUUUCACUGAAUCAAACAUAGUGUCAUCAAUGACAGAACAUAAUGUUAUUGGAAGUGGUGGAUUUGGCACGGUAUACCGUGUCCCGGUCGAUGGUUUAGGCUAUAUUGCUGUUAAAAAGAUCUCCAGUAACAGAAAGUUAGACCGAAAGCUAGAGAGUUCAUUUCGUGCAGAAGUGAAAAUAUUGAGCAACAUUCGUCAUAAAAACAUUGUGAAGUUGUUGUGCUGCAUCUUUAAUGAGGAUUCUAUGCUCCUUGUUUAUGAGUAUUUGGAAAACCGUAGCCUAGAUAGGUGGCUGCACAAUAAGGGCAAGUCAUCAGCUGUGUCAGUUUCAGUCCAUCAUUUUGUGCUUGAUUGGCCAAAGAGAUUGCAAAUAGCCAUUGCGGUUGCUCAUGGUUUGUGCUACAUGCACCAUGAUUGCUCCCCACCGAUUGUUCAUCGAGAUAUAAAAACAAGCAACAUCCUUUUGGAUGCUCAAUUCAAUGCAAAAGUUGCUGAUUUUGGUCUGGCUAGGAUGUUAAUGAAACCGGGGGAACUUGCUACCAUGUCAUCUGUUGUUGGUUCAUUUGGCUAUAUGGCUCCAGAAUAUGUUCAAACAACGCGAGUUAGUGAGAAGAUUGAUGUAUUCAGCUUUGGGGUUGUCCUACUGGAGCUUACAACUGGUAAAGAAGCUAAUUAUGGUGAUGAGCACUCUUCUCUUGCAGAGUGGGCAUGGCGCCACAUUAUUGUAGGAAGCAAAAUAGAAGAGCUGCUAGACAAUGAUUUCAUGGAUCCAAGUUACACGAAUGAAAUGUCCAGUGUUUUCAAACUUGGGGUCUUGUGCACUUCAACACUUCCUGCUAAUAGGCCUUCCAUGAAGGACGUGCUAAACAUGUUGCUCACCAUAGGAGAAGGAUUUGCUUUUGGAGAGGGGAAUCUUAGGCAAUGUGAUGGUGUUCCUCUUCUUAAGGAUUCAAAAUGGGAGAGUAGGUUGAAUCAUGCUGUUGAUAAUGAUAGUGAUUAG